AGGCGAGUGAAAGUGCGCUGAAAGCUGAAUUGUAGUAAAUGUUUUAUCCUUAAAACUUGUUCAAAAUCCUGCAAAACGUUUCAUAACAGUGUUGCACAUCGGAAAUACAUCGUAUCGGUUGUGAAAAAACAAACAGCGAAAACAAAAAAUGACGGAUAUCGAUAAUCUACAGCAACAGGAUAACAGCAAUUAUAGCGAAGGCGAAAGUGGCAGCAUGGGCUUUGAGCCGAAGCAAAAUCCCGUCGUAAACGAGGAUGGCUCGGUGUAUCUGCGGCUCCGUGGCCUUCCGUGGAGCAUCACUGAGGAGGAGAUACGCGACUUUCUGCACGGCGUCGACAUCCAGCUCGUGCACAUCGGCAUGAACCCGCAGACCAAGCGUCAAACGGGAGACGCGUACAUUCGGGUGGCCUCGUUGGAAGAUCGCAGCCGAGCGUUUUCGCGCAACAAGCAGUCGAUCGGCCACCGGUACAUCGAGAUCUUUAAUGCCACCGAAGAGCAGUACGAAAUGUCCCUGCAGGAGGUGGACGAUGGCGAGGACGGCGGACCGGUGGUGAAGCUGCGCGGUUUACCCUGGUCGAGCACGAAGGGCGAAAUUAAGCAAUUCUUCAAUGGGUUGACGAUUAAAAAUGGAUAUGAUGGGAUUCUUUUGCUACUGGACAACCUGGGACGGGCAUCUGGGGAGGCGAUAGUAGAGUUUGCAUCGGAGGCCGAUGCUGAAGCGGCCAUGGGCAAGCAUAAAGAGAAGAUUGGGAACAGAUACAUUGAGAUGUUCCGCAGCAACACGCGUGAACUGAGGCGCGCCGAGAAACGCGUGAGACGCAUGGCACCGUUCGGUCGCACCGAUCGUAAUUCGGGUCAAGGAUACAUGGACAACGAGCAAGGAGGGGGCUACGGUCAGAACUAUUCUGAUGUAUCGAUGGGAGGUAGCGGUACUGGUAUGGGCGGUGGUUGGAAUGACCGUUCCGAUGGAGGCUAUGGCAAUGGUGGCAAUAGCUACGGUGCAAACUCGAACAACGGUUCGAACAACAUGAGCCAGAUGUACUCGUCGAACAACAAUGGCGGCUCCAGUUCGGGACUGGGCAACAAUAUUGGUAGCAUCGACAUCCUGCGUCUAUUGCAAGACCAGCUAAUAGAGCGAGGGGGCAGUACCAACUACGGCUCAGCUCGCGGAGCCAGCCCGUCAACCGCCAUGAACAGUGGCGGAACCAGUGUUGGCCUCAACAACUACAACGCUGGAACCGGCGGCGGUGGUACUGGAUACGGUAGCGGUGUUGGCGUAAACUCUGGUGGAGGUGACAUGCAAUCCAUUAUGGGCAUGGACCGUAGCGGUGGUGGUGGCGGUGGCGGUGGCGGGUACCGCUCGUCGGGACCAAUGUCCAGCAACAACACCAACUAUAGUAGCUAUUCGUCUGGAGGUGGCAGCAGUGGUAGCAUGGCCGGUAUGGCAGGAGGCGGCACCAGUCUCGGCGGAAGCAUGGGCGGCACGUACAACAAUAGCAACUAUGGGUAUGGCUCGAGCAGCGCCAUGGGUGGCGGCGGCGGCGGUGGCGGUUACGGUUCAAUGAACAACUACGCCGGAAACGAUUUUGCCAGUGAUGAACCGAAUUUGUACUGCGUCCACUUGCGCGGCAUGCCGUUUAGCUGCGAUGAGCAGGACAUUUACGAUUUCUUCAUGCCGCUCAGACCGGUGAAGUGCGUGGUACAGAUGAACACCCGCAAACGCCCGUCCGGGGAGGGCGAUGCGUAUUUCGAAACGAAAGAGGAGGCAAUCAAAGCGAUGCGCAAGGACAAGGAAAAGAUGGGCUCGCGUUACAUCGAACUGUUUGCUGGCCAGCGUAACUUUGGCACGAUGGGCGGUGGCAGUAUGGGUGGUGGCGGUGGCAUCGGAAAUUUCCCCAAGAAGUACUUUAACUAAGGGGAAUGGUGCGAUUGACAUGUGAGAUGUAACAUUAUUUUAACUACAUAAACUCUCGUUCAUUGUGUUUUCUCGUUCCACGACACGCAAAAAAUUACCCAUAUUAUUUGUUUUAGUUUGGACUACGGACAUACAUAAUAACUUUUAGAGCACUUUGCAAAUUUAUGUUUCAAUCUCUACAACGUUGUCUCCCACAAUCUACAAACUGCGACGUGGGCAUAAAUUUAGAAAAUGAAAACCUUCAAAACCGGGCAAUCCAAGGGCGGUGAUGUGAAUGUUGACGGUAUCGCCUGUAGCAUCACGGACACGGCUCAACUGGCAGGAUAAUCCGAAUGAAAAGAUAUACUAUUUUUGCAACCCUUCACAUCGAAUCGGAUCGAUUGAAUGAAAUCAAAUGAAACUUUGUAUUAACACUGAAUAAUGAUAGCAGCUAGUUUAAUGUUGUAACCCCAGGGUGUUGAUCAUGGCUUACGCAUGGCAUUUGGUCAGCAAGAGAGGUGUAGUGGAAUGUCGAUGGGCAAUGAUGGAUGAAAUAAGGUAAAUAGUUCUUAAGGAGCUUAACAAGCAACAGGACAUGGAAGAUACACCAGAUAAGGCAACUCAUUAAUUAUAAUGAAAUGAUUUACUCCUGCUACAAGUGGAAAGCUGCGGCUCCACUUGGCAGCAAGGUAUGUGGUACGGGGGAAACACUUAACCCAAACAAACUACACAAAUUAGCUAAUGUGAGGAGUACUGGUGUAAUCAUGGUUUUUCCUCUUUUCAUUUUCGAUGUUUAAACACUUUAUCGUCCAUUAUUUUAAGAUGUUGGUAUGGCGCGAGGAAUGGUGAGACCACACUCGUAUGGUAUCACCGAGAGACGGUCUCGUUCGAGUGAGUCCAGCAUAGAAGUAUUGCAAGCGAACGAAGAGAGAAUUACGAACAAAAUAAACUGACACGCA